ACCGAUCAAUGGAGUGAAAAGAGGGCAGUCUGUAAAAGACACUCAGAUUCUCUUUCCACUCACGAUUACAAGGUAUUCUUGUUAACAGUGGUAGCAAUCACUUGCGUGAAAAAAUUAUGCAAUCACAAGAAAGUGUUAUUAAAGCUAAUGUUAAGAUGUAAAUUUACGUUUAGCUGUCUUCUAAGGCAUUUGGGCAGCCAGUGACGUCGGACCAGCAUGCCUGUGCAUAGAUCAGCAGGCGCUCUAGAGGCUGCCUAGAACAUAAGGGAACUCCGCUGAUCUUUAACAAUAAGGAGUUAGGUACAGAUAUAUUGCCCCUAAUUCUUUAAUCUGAAGUAACUGUGCAACAGAACAUUUUACAUAAAUUUAGAGUUUGAAAAGGCAGAUGGGGAGCUGUUACACUGCUAAUUGCAGUUUGCGUAGAGGCUUAUACCAUACUCUUGCUUUCUAAUGUCUUGAGUGAGCUAGAAAAUGCUUCAAAAACUACUUUUGUAUAUCAGCAUCUCUUAAUGUUCUUUUCUGUAAGUCAGCCUUUCAAAAUAAAAUGGGAAUUCUCUCUACCAGUAGGCAAGUCCUGAUUCUGGUUCUUGUGACCAAAGAACAAUUAAAAUACAGUAAAGCUUAAAUAGUCUUUACGGAGAUUCAGAAAGCAUAAGAAUUUGCUGCCAUUACACUGAAUUAUCUGUAUUUGUAGAUGAGGCUCUUAAUUUAUGCUAAAGCAAAUUCUUGUAUGAAGUUAGCCAGUAAACAAGAUGCACUGGAAAAAAGGCCAAAUUUUGUCACUGUGUUGCAAAUUUGUAUUUUCUCUGAACUUUGUAACUUGUGCAAUGGUGGUGUUGUUAGUAGAUAGCAAAAAAGUGAUUUUUCUCAGACACUUGUAUACUCAAGGUUGUCUCCCUUGAUUGACUUUUACUUAAAUCUCUCACUGUUUAGCAUCCCUUCCACCUCUAGUUUGUUGCUGGCAUUGCGUACGUCUCCAGAGUGCUUGCAGAGGUGACCAUGUACCAGCAGACGGAGUGAAGAAAGUCAUUCUGUGUUGGAGAACUGCACCUGAAAGGGUCCAGUCCCUCUACUAUUCUAAACCUGGAGUUGUCUAGCUUUGGUUUUCAGACACUGAUUUUCUUGUAUUUUUUUCUGCUAUAUUAAAUGCUCUGUUUCUUGUCAUGUCUCUGUGUAGGCAUUAUAAAAAAUGUUCAGGUCACCUCUUAAUGUUUUUUCACGUAAACAAUAUAAACAAGACAUUAAAGAAGUUCAGCAUGAAGCAGGCUUUCCAGAGUUAAAUAAUGAAUGGUUUCUAUUUUUCACCAUCUUUUUUUAUCUAAGCUUGGACCCCCAAAAACCUAUACCCCAGUAUAGCUUACCAGUGUAGGUGGCAUUACAACUGUAUAUUGCCUUCAUACUUCUGCUCAGAGCCUCUUUGCUUAUUUGCCCAAGACUUGCAUGACAUAUUUUAGCCACUCUGUCAUGCUGCGAGUUCAUGUUCAGUUGGCUUAUUACCCCUAGUUUUUUCAGUUGUCGCUUUUUCCAAAAUGCUAUUUAUCUUGUGAUGUGACUUCUUUCAAGAUGGCGUUCUAGUAUACCAUUUAAUCAAGUGAUUUACGUAGCUCUGCAGAACUGAACUGUCCUUGGUGUUUUCCAGUCAUUUGGCAGGCUGUGCUUACUUGUAUGUCCAGAAAAGCUUCCAGAUGAAGAGGUUAGAAGGAAGAGCUCCUUUGAGUUGAAUAUUCAAGGGAAAGAGAGAGUGUCAGACUUGACUGUGUGUAAACCAUUUAGCAGAUGCCUACUAGUGUUUCAUUAAGAGCAAUAUGUUUAUUAUAUUGAAAAAAAGAUAAUUGCACUCCUGAUAAUUGUACUCCUGGGACAUAAACUUCUCCCUACAGGUGUCACUUGUAGCAAAGAUGGGAACUAGGGGGAAGACAGAGACAUGUCUAUACUUUAAGGGCACCUUAAGAAAAGCCAGUGUGUUGCAGCCUUGGUGGGAAAAGCCAGAAAGUUUUCUUGAAUUAGUAAAAACUCCUACUUAGGAUUCAGUUAAAGUUUCUGGGAGGAAGAAGGUUCAGGACACAACCUGCUUCAACCUGUUCUCUUACCUGUUUGGCUGGAGCUAACCAGUGUGAUUCAUUUACCUCUUAUAAAUUAUCUUUAAUGACUAGUUUGUCACAUUAAAUCCAUGUGAUUACUAUUGUGCAUCUGCUUAAUCUAAUGAAAGCAUCCUUUUUUGGGGCAGAAUUGCAUGGCUGAUUCGCUGAAAUUCUGUAAAGAUUUCAGCAUUGUCUGGAAGCUGCUAUUUCUGCAGAUGAGGCAAGGGAGGUAGGACAAGGUGUUUAUCUUCUGAGGCAAACUGCUCUAAGGGUGACAGCCUCUUCAGUCUGGGGACAAAGUGACGGCAUGUUUUUAGUGGACCAACUGAUAAAAUCGUCAUAGCGCCAUGAGAGGUUUCCUCUAGGUGGCUUCCAAAAAUGGCAUUCAAGUUCCAGGGCAGUGAGUAAAUUUAGGCAAUGUUUUUUCCCUGUUACUGUAUGCUGCACUUAAGUUUCAGACAGGCUUCUAUGUUAGGGGCUGAAGCUUUUUAAAAUCCUUCAGGGGGUUUAUGCUUACGUUCAGUUGGCUCUAAUAAAUUUUCCUGUGUUUUGACAUCUGUGUUUAGGCUUUUGAAGCUUUUGCUGCAUAGGACUUUGCAGACCUAGGAUUUUGAAAGCUUUCAAAGGAGACAAGUUCACGAGGUUAUCUUCUGAUCGUGCUCUAUUCCUGGGUGGUUUCAAGGUAACCCAUGACCGUCUUUGCAUACAGGUAUGUUUGAUGCAUUUAUUAAGCCCUGUUGCAUCAAGAUGCUCUCCAGACAGAAGAUUGUGUCUGCAGUGGCAAAGUGUUUUCUCAGAACGGCUACUUCUGUAGCACAGGCAGAGUCCAAGUUAUGCACUUGGAUGCAGACCGGCGGCAGGAGCUGUGGCGGCAGCAGAGGCGAAGAGACAGUUGAGAAACCAUAAUCUGACUUCAGUGGACAAAGAUGCAUUCUUCAAGGGCCAGGUUGGUGAUUCCCUAUGGCCUCAAGACCCUGCUGGACGGUGCAAGCAAAGCUGUCUUGCAGACCAACCCAGACGACAUCCCUGGCUUUGCAGCGCUCUACUUCCAAGAGCUUGUUGCCUUCAGAGAAGAAGACUGGAAUGAGAGACUGCCACAGAGAUUGGACACACAAGACACUUCAGUUCCUGGGGAGCCCAAACAAAAGGAAAAGUGUACUGACACAGAGGAGGACCAACUCCUUGAAAGCCCUGAUACUGAAUAUACCUCCAAAAUGACUCAGUACCCGUCAACUCACAAUGACUUUGUAGAAAACAAAUCCCCCACCGGACCUGAUGAAGCUUCGUCCCCCAAGGGACCGGAACUUGCAUACGUCCCCACUGACCCUGCCCAGCUUGCUACCCAGAUGCUAGGUAACACUGAUUCUGUUCAUUCUGUGAAGGAUGUGGCAACAAGUGUGCAGACUCUUCCUGAAGUGUCUCUGAGCUCAGAGAACAUAUUUGCACCAGUAGAAGGUGCUGCUGAAGAUGAUCCUGCUAUCCCAGCAGCUGAGUGGUCUGCAGAGGCUGUUAGGGCACAACUGGGGGUGCAAAGGCAGUCUUCCGAGGCGGGAGAACUAGGUCCCUCAGACAGCCAGGCUGAAGUCUCAACAAAUGAUGUAAAUCAAGUUUCCUCAGUCCCCUUGCAGGAAGAACCAUCACCGCCUUCACCACCACCAGCACCUCCACCUAAAGCUCCGUUGCAGGCUAUGCCUCCCCAUAACGAAAUUGAGGUUACCUUAACCACUGAGGUUGUAUCAGUGCGUCAAGCUGAUGAGCUGGUUACGGAUGCAGAGGUUCCACCUUACAUAGAGCACUUUCCACAGAAAAUAAUCGUUCUCUCACUUGACCAAAUAGCUUAUCUGUUAAAGAUUGAGCGGCUAUUAAAUGCAGGCCAGUUCUCAUGUGCUAAAAUCUUAGGUCCAUCUGCUGAUGACGUAGUGUGUGACCCUGAGAAAACGGAAUCCACAGCACAAAUGGCAUCUGCUGAACAAGCCAUGGCAGCAAGCGAAGCAGUACAGCCACCACCAUAUUCUAAUGUGUGGACCCUCUAUUGUCUAACUGACUUGAGCCAAGGUCAAAAAUCACCACCAUCCCUUCCUCCUGCUGGAACUGGCAUUCCUUAUCCCCAAGCAACCCUCUCUCUAUCUGUGGGGAAGGAUCAACAACAGUUCCUCCAACCAAUGCCACUACAAGGUCAACCACCACAACUAUUCUCUCCAACUUACGUGAUACCAGAAGAAAGCAAGAGGGGAAAUGUUCCACCUUUCAUUUUAGUGGGCUCUACUGUUCAGAACACACAGGACUGGAAACCUAUUCCUGGCCAGGCUGUGCUUCCGCAGCAAGACACUGGUGCUAGGAGAUUCACUACAAUCCCAGUACCAGUUGCCAGGCUAGCUGAUCAGCAAGCAGCUACGCCAAACCCCAAUCCUAAUGCUGCACAGGAGACUGCUAGGCCGCCAACCCCAGUUUUUCUCUCAGUUGCCAUUCCUCUGGAUGAUGUAAUGUCUGCAAAGAAAGGCUCACCAGCUGGUGAUAAGCAAACACCCAUGCAGCCUGUUGCAGGAAGUUAUAGUAUUGCAGGACAGUUUACACUUACAUCUGGCCCAAUCCACAGAGCAGGUUCAUGAGAAGGUUGAGAAGAGAGGCUUUUUGGACUUCAUCAGGAGUGGAAUUUACAUCUCUAUAAAUCAAAUAACUUAAAGCAAGUGCUCAAAAUUAAAUGCCAGCAAUCGGAACAGAAUCCGAUGCCUCUUGUGUUUUCCUGGCAUACUGCAGGUUAACUUUCAAUUUCCUGGGAGUGCAAGAUGACUAGAUACCUGCUGCAGCUGUUUCACUGAGGAGUGGCCCAGCCUCUUCAUUGUGCUACCAUAGUGUAUGCAUAACCCAACAACUGAUUAAGAGAUUACAUAGCCAUUCACAGACAAAUUAGUCCAAUGUAAUCAGAUGUAGUCUGUACUGCUGAGUUAUAUUCUAGAAAGGAGCCCAAGUUUCAGGAGCAAGGAGACAGUCACAUUUUUAACUGGAGGAAGGAAAUAUUGUCACAUGUAAUUAGGCUUGUCAAGGAGGACAGUUGAGGCUAUGUUUUAAGGAAGGAGUUAAGAUAGUUAUCUUCAUUUUGCUUUAUAGGUUUCAGAACUAUACUAUGAUCAUUUAAGUAUGCCAAGCCCUUGAACUAUGAAUAGGUCUGGAAAGAAACCUAUAUUCUCAUGGAGCAGAAGUCAUCCCUCAAAAUGAAAAUAAGAAAACCUUAUGUUGUGCAGGUUUCCCUCUUGAACGUAGAUUAAAUGCUUUCUUUUCCCUAGCAUUGAAUGUUCAAUGCUGUGUGACCUGCUGAAGCACUGACCCAACACAGCUAGACUAUUUUCACAGAUCAGAAUCACAGCUGAAGUUACACAGGAAUAAAUGAGUGGACAAACAUUAUAGACCAAAUACUAAACAAGACUUCAAGAAGUGAUAGCCAGAGGUUUGAUGGCAGGAGAGAGGAGGCAAAUACGAGUGCAGGUAUUCGAUUUCUGCCUUGUAUACUCUGCGAGCUGGGCCCUCACAUUAAACAGGCUGGCAAAGAAAAUGCUUCCCUUAUCUAUGCAAAUACAGCUCAGGUAAUUCUAGCAGAGCACAGAAUAAAAAUAGAAAGCAGCUCAUUGCCUUAUUAAUAGUUUCACCAAUCCACCUUUGUGGCUUGAGCUGCAGUGUCACUGAACAUUCCAGAAAAGCACCAUUUCCCCCAUCACCUUCCCCAUAAACAGACAGUUCCUGCUCAGGGGAAGGAAGUCCCUGAGACAUACUAGAGCCAAACAACUUCACUGAAGCUGCUUUUGGGUCUGCUCAGAAAGGCUACAACUACUACCAAACAACCAGUUUACACUCGAUUCGAGAAGUUCUGAAGCCUUUAUUUAGUAGCGAUUAAAUUAUUCAAUUAACACUAACCUCCAGACAGCAGUUAAAAUAUUGUACAAAGAGCAGCUAGCCCUCUAGAAGCUCUAUACACAGUGCAGUAUAAACUUACACUCCAAGACAUAAAGCACCCCAAUGAAAAGGGGUAAAGCAGCUGUGCACAGGAGGCCUCACUGAGGUGCAUUACUAUCUUUGAAAUGCACAAGACUUCCUCCCAAGGAGUCUGUACAGUGCAUACACAGGUCCUAUCCCCCACAAUGUUCCACUGGGUCUGGACUGAUUCGGUUCUUGCCUUUUUGCAGCGGUGCUGGGCACCUGAACUUCUAGUGCAUUGAACAGAUUCUUUAAAAACCUGUGACUAGUGUGCAGUUCAAAUCAAACUUGCAGAUAUUUAAAUGGCUCUUAAUUCCUUAAAACCAUAAGGUUGGUAACAAAACAGGAGAGCAAAAUUCAGAAUGCACUGCACAAAACAUUGAAUAAAUACCUCUGAGUAAUGUUACCAGCUUAAACAACUGCAUGAAUGGUCCAGAGAUGGGAACACUUCCAGACUCUCUCUGACCAGAGCUCAGGAUUCCAGGUAGUUAGUUAACUUAGUAAAAGAAAAGUCACUUUAUGAAAAAUUACAUCUUUACAAAAGUGACACUUUUUUUUUUUUUUUUUUUUGCUUAAAGC